AUGAUCAACUUCGUCCUGAUGAUGAACAAGCAGGGGAAGAUCCGCCUGAGCAAGUUCUACGUCACCAUGUCGCAGGCGGACCAGACCAGAGUCAUCAGGCAGGCCUUCGCGCUGGCGUCGACGCGCAACGAGAAGUUCGCCAACUUUUGCAGGCUUCAGAAGCGGGAGACGGUGCUGGUGUACAAGCGCUACGUGGGGCUCUACGUGAUCAUGGGCGUCGACCGCGGCGACAACGAGCACCUCGCGGCCGCGGCGAUCCACUUCUUCGUCGAGCUCCUGGACAAGUACUUCGGCACCGUGCGCGAGCUGGACCUGAUCUACGAAUUCGAGAGCUGCUACCGCAUCCUCGACGAGUUUAUCUUCGCGGGCGAGGUCUACUGCGAGGACAAGCAGGCGAUCGUCGACCGCAUCCACGCCUUCGAGCGGGCCGUGAAGAAGUCCAAGCGGGAGCAUAAGCGACGAUAG